UGGGGAGGGCCCUCCCCCGCCGAGCCCGGCGGACCCCCUCUGCCUCCCCCUCCCCCCGCCUGUCGGGCUCCCUCCCUAAGGUUCCCAUUUUGGAGGCCGGGCCGCCUCCCAGGCCUCUCACAGCCGCCUCUGCUCCCCGCCCCAGGCACCUGCUCCGGGCUGACGGUGACUGUGCCCUCGGCCACGGUCCACGGCGUCCGGGGGCAGGCGCUCGACCUGCGCGUGGGCUACAGCUUCGGGGGCGCGGCCUCGGACGUGCAGAUCAUCUGGCUGUUCCAGAGGCCGCCGGCCACCCCCAAGUACCUGCUGGGCGCCGUCAACAACUCCGUGGUCCCCGACCUGGAGUUCCGGCACAAGUUCUCCCUGCGGCCGCCAGACGCGUCCCUGCGCAUCCAGCCGCUGCACUUCAGCGACGAGGGCACCUACGUGGUCAAGGUCAACGUGAACACCCACGGCAACGGGACCCUGUCGGCCCACCAAAAGAUCCUCGUCACCGUGGAUGAUCCUGUGACCAAGCCCACCGUGCGCCCCCACCCUUCCUCCGGGGCCGUGGAGAACGUGGGCAACCUGACGCUGACGUGCGUGGUGGCCGGGGGCACGCGCGUCUCCUACCAGUGGCUGAAGGACGGCAGGCCGGCUCGGACCGGCGCCACCUACAGCUUCUCUCCCAGCCGCAGCGUCCUCCGCAUGGCCCCGGCGACCAGAGCCGACGUGGGGGAGUUCCGCUGCCGGGCCCUCAACGCGGUCAGCGAGCUGCAGAGCGACGCCCUGGUGCCCACCAUCUACUAUGGACCUUAUGGACUCAGGGUCAGCUCAGACCGCGGCCUGAGAGUGGGCGAGGUCUUCACCGUUGACCUCAGCGAGGCCGUCCGGUUUGACUGCUCGGCGGACUCCAACCCCCCCAACGUUUACUCGUGGAUCCAGCGGGAUGACAAUUCCACCCAGGUGAUCGAGCACGGCCCCCACCUGGAGGUGGCUCUGGAGGGCCUGGGCCGGAGCACCGACUACAUGUGCCGGGCCUACAACAACGUCACGGGGCGGCGAGGGGAGGCUCCCUUCACCGUGAUCAUCACGUCUCUAGGCCAGGAGAGGGCCACCAGCAAAGGGAAGUCGUCCCUGGCCAUCAUCACGGGCGUCUCCGUGUUCCUGAUCGUCGCCAUGAGCAGCUUCUUCUUGUGGAAGAAGUGCCGGCCCGACAGAACCAUUCGCCAGAAGCUGGCAGCCAGGCCCGACUCCGAGUACGGGAAAGCGGCCACUUUUUCAGGCCAUGAAGAUGCCCUGGCUGACUUUGGGAUUUAUGAAUUUGUGGCUUUUCCAGAGCCUUCCACCGCUCCCAGGAUGCCCAGCAGAUCCCUCCGUGGCUCCGAGUGGGGACCCAGGCAGGAGGUCUACGGCACAAUUUACGAAGUUAUCCAGCAUGUCCCCGCGCAGGAGCAGCAGUGCCAUCUGGAGUAGGGGGGAGCCCAGGAGCCCAGGUGCGGUCAGAGGAAGCAGCCCCAGCCCACAACCGUCACCUGCCUCCUGUUGGAGGCACACCUCAGCAGGGCAUUAGGCCCCUGAGAGCAGCCUCUGAGCAUUCAGGACCUCAACUCCAGGGGCCGUGCAGCCCAUGCCAGACUCCAACCCCUUGUCUCCCCGCUCCAGAACAGGACUUCCCAGAACAGCAGAAUCAUUCGUCCCCUCGCUGUCCAUCCACGAUCUGCCUGCUGCUGCCCUAGCUCUGAUGUUCACUCAGGCUGAGUACUCCAUCCCUGGAAAGGCUCCUGGGGAAGGGCCUGCCAGUCUCUUUCUGGGUUCAGGAAUAGAUCCAGCACUGUAGGUGAGAAGGAGAAACGUCAUUGUCCACAGGUCACCUAUACCAUCUGCAGAGAGAGGAAGGUCAUUCUGGGCCUCUGAACUGGACCAACAGUCCCAGCAGAACUGGCUCCUGGACUCCUUAAUUCAGGGGGCAACGGCCCCCCAUCCCCAGUUGUCUAAUAUCAAAGGUGGCUCCUUCCUGCCCACUGCCUCUA